ACUAUUUCCUCAGCCCCGUCGUCCAGCCCCCCGUGUCCUGUUCCGACCUGUAGAGGUGCGCCACAAUUCCCCUCGUUUUUUGCUGUAGCUGCUUACCGCAGCUGGGGGACAGCAUCCAAGAACCUUGGUCGCAACAGUGCCCAAACAUUUUCCCAAAGCCCACGGCAGCACAAACCAAGAUUUACCAACCUACGCACGCUGCCAUGAUCGCAGGAACUCCGAACCCCUCUUUAUGAUCGGCCGCACACAAAUCCUACGAUGAAGAUCCGGCUUCCCUUUGCAGGAGUCUUCUUCCUGCUACUGCUGCUUGCCGGCUAUGCCGGGCUCACCACACUUCAGGUCGACACUCACAUCAACGACAAGCUUCUGCAUCUGGUGACCUUCUUCGCGCUGACGGUGGCCUUCUACUGGAUCAUCGAUACGAAUCGACGGCGCACGCUGAACCUGACAUUGGUGGUGUGCACGCUCGGGUUGGGCGUCGGCUCCGAAUUCCUUCAGGCACUGGCGCCGCUCGGGCGCGUCUUCGACAUCCUCGACCUCGUCGCUAACGUAGUCGGUUCGCUGGUCGGGCUGGGUUUGUGUUCCUGGUAUCACAAACGCAUGCUAGAGCGGAAGCGCCUGCGCAAACAUUAUAACGCUGUCCCCGGCGAGGACUUGGGCGAGGAGGACCUCGAGCUCGGGGAAGGUGUUGCCGUCAGCACGGGUGACCACGAGGAAGGCGUUACUGCGGCCGGCCCGACGAGUGCUACCGGAGUCAGGACUACCUCGCUAGAGCACGAGGUCGACAAUUGGGAUGAAAAUGCAGUCGACAAUUGGGAUGAUGAUGAUCUUGGGGGCGAUAUAGGCAUCAGCUCAGUCGGGGCCGGCAAGGACGUGGAGGCCAACGUCGGCGAUCACGGAGGCUCCAAGAAAAGGGCCGAUUGAUACUGAGAUGGUACCUUCCACUUGUCUCUUUUUAUGGCUACUGUUCCCGCAUCGACGCCGAAUGUACUGUAUUUACGGCUUGCUCUAUGUAUCGGCGUUUUUGUGGCUCUGUACUUUCUCUCGAUGCUUGUGUUAGAAUGGGCCACAGGUGAAGCCAAGGGAGGCUUCCAGCACAGACUUACUGUAUGAGAUAUUACGAGGAUAGGAGGGUGCAAAAGGAUGCAUUCAUUUGGUUAUUCAGGUAGAAAGUUCACAGUCCAGUAUUAGCGCAAGCUUUGAACAUCUACUCAUAUUGCAGUCAACAGAAGCCGAAUCAGCGAAUAGUAAGGGAGUCAGUGCAGCUUGGAUUUUUCUGCGUGGAUUACGUGAAAGAAAGAACAAGAUGCCGUGUGUACUGUACAUUUGAUAAUAUCAAUUUAUUUUCGUCGGCAC